UAAACACAAAAGCUCUCAACGCUGCGGUCCAAUAUAGCGCAUGCGCCCUGCCCGAGGACUGGCAGGGAGACGGCAAUAUGGCGAGAAUGCCUGGCAGCGGGGACUGUAACACCAGCGCGGGCGGCAGCGCCGCUGCUGCGGCCGAGAACAAUGGGGAGCGGGGCGAGGGCGAGCGCGGGGCCGGGGGCCGCGGCCGCCGCUACGGCCGCCCGCAUUACUGCAGCGCGGGCGAGGAGGAGGAGGAGGAGGAGGAAGAGGAGGAGGAGGACGAGAUCCAGGAGGUGCAGAUAACGGGGGACGAGGAGGACGGAGGUGGGGGGCUGGAGGAGGACGAGGAGGAGGAGGAGGAGGAGGAGAUGGGGAUGGACUGGGAAGAGCCCCUGGAGCCGGAGGACUCGGCCGGGGAGGAGCUGGAGCCGGAGCCGGUCCAUAUGAUCCAUAUGGACCAGAGCGCCGCGCUGGAGCCCGAGGCGCCGCCACGACUGCUGGCGCCCCGGGCCCGCGCGGGGCCGCCCGGGGACAGCGCGGAGCUGGACCCCGACGUGCUGCAGCGCCCCGAGCGGGCCCGGCUGAGCGAGAACACCAGGCUGGCCACCCGCUACGCCGUGCGCAUCUUCCGGGAGUACCUGAGCGAAAAGGCUCAGAGCCCGGACUUCGAGACCAUGGACAAGGGGGCGCUGUGCCGCGUGCUGCGCUCCUUCUACGCCGAGGCCCGUUCGAAGAGCGGCCAGCUCUACAGCAAGUCCUCGCUCAUCAGCAUCCGCAGCUCCCUCAACCGCUACCUCAACGAGCCCCCUUACUGUCGCACGCUCGACCUCACCAAGGACCCCGAGCUGCGCAGCGCCAACCUGACGCUGGCCGCGGUCAUCCGCAAGCUCGAGGAGCAGGGCGCGGGGCCCGUGGUGCAGAAGCAAGCCAUCACGCGCGCCGACCUGCGCAAGCUCUACACCUCCAGCGUCUUCAGCACCAACACGCCCUUCGGGCUGCUCAACAAGGUCUGGUUCGAGACGUGCAUGUACUUCUGCACGCGAGGCCGCGAGAACCAGCGCGAGCUGGAGGAGGACUCCUUCGGGCUGGCCAUGGACGAGGACGGUCGCAAGUUCGUCUACUUCAAGUCGCUCGGGCCUUACCACAAGUCGCGUUCGUCGUCCUGGAGUAAGAAGCGUGCGGAGAGCAGCGAUGAAGAGAACUUGCCUCGCAUGUACGAGACGGGCACCGAGUUCUGUCCCUACGCCAGCUUUGUCAAGUACCUGUCUAAGCGCAAUCCCCUCUGCAAGGCGUUCUUCCAGCGGCCCCGGGACCACUGCAGUGAGGGCGAUGUGACAUGGUACGAGAACAAAGCCAUAGGCAAGAACUUGUUGGGCACCAGGAUGCAGAUGCUCUCCAAGGCAGCCAAGCUGUCCAAGACCUACACUAACCAUUGCAUCGGCGCGGUAUCCAUCGCCACGCUCAACAGCAUCGCGGGCAUUGGGACCAAGCUAGGCUCCCCGGCCCCGCAGGGCUGCUAUACCGACUCUCUGAACGGGUCAGCUCGUCACCACUCCCACCAUGCCCCCACCCAUCCUUCCCACCACCACCGCCCCCAGCCGCCCUCGCUGGGUAACACUUAUAUCCUUCCCAAAGACAGCCAGGUCGGGCCCGACGUGAAGUCCGAGGCUGCGCCCAAGCGCGCACUGUACGAGUCCGUGUUCGGGUCCGGGGAAAUCUGCGGCCCUUCUUCCCCCAAAAGACUUUGUAUCCGUCCCUCCUCGGAACCUGUGGAUGCGGUGGUGGUGGUUUCCGUGAAACACGACCCCCUGCCUCUUCUUCCAGAAGUCAAUGGACACCGAAGCACCAAUUCUCCCACCAUAGUUUCACCUGCUAUUGUUUCCCCCACCCAGGACAGUCGGCCCAAUAUGUCAAGACCUCUGAUCACUAGAUCCCCUGCAUCGCCACUGAACAACCAAGGCAUUCCAACUCCGGCGCAGCUCACCAAAUCCAAUGCACCCGUCCACAUUGAUGUGGGCGGCCACAUGUACACCAGCAGCCUGGCCACCCUCACCAAAUACCCUGAAUCAAGAAUCGGAAGACUUUUUGAUGGUACAGAACCCAUCGUUCUGGACAGUCUCAAACAGCACUAUUUCAUCGACAGAGACGGCCAGAUGUUCAGAUAUAUCUUGAAUUUUCUACGAACAUCAAAACUCCUCAUUCCUGAUGAUUUCAAGGAUUAUACUUUGUUAUAUGAAGAGGCAAAAUACUUUCAACUUCAGCCAAUGUUGUUGGAGAUGGAGCGAUGGAAACAGGACAGGGAAACCGGCCGCUUUUCACGGCCCUGCGAGUGCCUCGUGGUGCGUGUGGCCCCAGACCUUGGAGAAAGGAUCACCCUCAGUGGAGACAAGUCCUUGAUAGAAGAAGUGUUUCCAGAGAUCGGCGACGUGAUGUGCAACUCGGUUAACGCAGGCUGGAAUCACGACUCAACACAUGUCAUCCGGUUUCCACUAAACGGCUACUGCCACCUCAAUUCAGUGCAGGUCCUUGAGCGGUUGCAGCAAAGAGGUUUCGAAAUUGUGGGUUCCUGUGGAGGAGGAGUGGACUCGUCCCAGUUCAGUGAAUAUGUCCUCCGACGGGAACUCAGGCGGACACCCCGAGUACCCUCAGUCAUCCGGAUAAAACAGGAGCCACUGGACUAAACAGACAUAUUUCUUAUGCAAAAAGAAAAUAUACACAACCAAUAACAAUAUGAGAAAAGGGACAUUUGUGUGCAGCUGGGACAGUAAACCAAGCUCUGAACCUAAAAUUGAAUAAAAGACAUUUAUAUCCACUAGAAAUCACACCUGUAUUCAUAUGGGAACAAUUGGAAUCAUGAUAUCCUCAAGAUGUAAAAAAAUAUAUAAAUAUAUAAAUAUCUAUAUGUCAAAGGGUAGGAAAUGCAGCGAGAGAGAGAGAGAGAGGGAGAGAGAAAGAGAGAGAGAGAGAGAGAGCUGCAGUGGGUGCUGUGAUGACCGUGGGUGUACUGGGCCUCUGGUCUCUGUCCAGUAACUAAGCCAUGAGCAGGGAGGACAGAGCCUCCUCACCGCUUCAUUGCCAGCAGCCAUCCAUCGUUUCUUCUUCCUUUAUCGUUUUUUCUUUUUAAAAAAAAAAACAAACAAAACACCUAGGCUGGUGUUUCUUUGCAAGUGGAGGUUUCUUGUCUGGUUAGGUAGGGACCAGAAGGGAAUUCAGAGGACCGCUCAAGAGCACACCACACCGGAGGUACGGUAGACAGGACAUCUGGACUGCAGUCCGUACAGGACUGGCGCUUUUGUCCACGCACAGCCUCGGCCUUUCCUUUGUUUUUAUGCUGAUCGUUUGGCAGAGGGGCCAGAGUUAUUGUUUGCUAGAAAUCUCCAGUUUCAGUCUGCUGCUUUCCUACAAUUUUUUCAGAUUUUAUAAUGUAUUAAAUACAAUAAACUCUGUUUUAAAAAAUGA